ACAAGGUGGAAACCCUGAUGAUCAAAGUGUGAGAUCACAGCCGGCGGAAAACAGGCCCAGGUCUCAUUUAAAAGGUGUACCUGAGAGCUGUCAAAAUGAAUACUACGUUGAGAUAUUGGAAGGAAGCUGCAACUUUGAUUCUCCUUGCAGGAGUUAAAAACAAACACACGAACAGCCUUUUGAAAAAGCAGCAGACGAUACAUUUGAUAGAGUCAUGCUCGCAUAGCGAAGUAUUUGAUUAUAAAACGCUUUUACUCCAGCGCAGCCAGCAGAGUGGGUUCAUGCCAAAUGCUUAUGUGUUUCCAGGUGGCUUAUUUGAAAGCUGUGACUUUUCCACUGACUGGCUUGAUGUGUUUCGGUCAUUUUCUGAACUGCCUAACUUUGGGUUAGGUGUUGUCAUGCAACCUCUGAGCAGUAGACCUCCUAUUUUUGCGACGGAUAGGAAAAAGUUUGGUUCUGCUGUACCUGGCGAAGUUGCAUUCCGUAUCUGUGCUAUCAGGGAAACUUUUGAAGAAGCUGGGAUACUAAUUGCUGUACCUAGCAGUAAUAACAAAGCAUAUGAUGGAGGAAUUGCUAAGCUUAUUGCUUACGAUCCUAGUGAGCUUGCAGUAUGGAGGCAGCGGGUUCAGAAUGAUCCUACGAACUUUGCACGUAUGUGUAAAGAGCUAAACUGCAUGCCAAACAUUUGGGCACUGUAUGAAUGGAGUAACUGGCUAACGCCUUCUACAUCACCUAAUUCUCGAAGAUAUGACACGGCUUUUUUCACUUGCUGUGUUGAAGAACUGCCGUACACAUUUCAUGACGAUAAAGAAAUCUCUCACUUUAAGUGGUCAAGUCCAGUGGAUGCCCUGACAUCCUUCAGAAAUAAGGAAAUUUGGAUAGCACCACCUCAGUUUUAUGAGAUGAGCAGAUUAUGCCAUUUUUCAUCACUCAGUAACCUGCAUCACUUUUGCCAACAGCGUAGCCUAGAAGGUUGUGAGCGUUGGAUGGCACAUAUAAUUAAAACUUCUGAUGGGUUUUUCCACAUUUUACCAGGAGACGAACUUUAUUCAGAGGAUCCAAACUUCACAGGAGAGCAGUUAAAGAUGACUACAGAAAAGACUUCAGAGGAGCUACUGAAUAUUUCUAAGAAGAUUCACAGAAUUGGUGUGCAGGGCUUACAUAAUUUUGUUAUCCAUGUGAAUAUCGAACCAAAAUAUAAACAUUUUCAUCCCAUCACACGGAACAAUUCAGAAACAUCAGAAAAUAAUGUUUUACACAGUAGCAAGCUUUGAUUCAUAUACAUACAAAGAACUGUUAGUUUAAAGAAAUCUGUAUGCAAAUUUUAGCUAAUACAGUAAAGCUGAGUACUAGACCUUUUAAAUAAUCCAUAUAGUUCCAUGACUACUAAGUUAGUAUUAUUUCUACAGAUCUGUAAAGAAGAUUCAGAUGUUAUGUAAAAUUUUCAAAAUUUAAACAUUAAAUGAAGAUCAAAGUGUACAGGGGAUGGAUUGUUAGUCUUCCGGUUUCAGACUGUUAAGCUUAUAUUUAUCUUUUCUUGAACUAUAGAAUUCUGGAUUUUUUUUUCAUUUCUGAAGGAGAAAAGUUGGUUUUGAAGUACCAAUUUAUUUUCAGUUCUGUUUUAAUCUUUUUUUGCCUGGUUUCAUUGUAUCACUAAAUAAAAAUUUAUUUCAGUA